UCCGGGGCAGGUGUAACUCUGUAUUUUUCUGUAUUUUUUUUUAUUUUUUGUUAUUUUUUUUUGCACAAGACGCUUCUUCCUCGCAUACUCAGACUCUUUAUCACAUUUACCACUCUGUUUAACUGUGUGACUGAUUAGAGCUAAUAAUAAUACAUUGCGCGUGCGGCGUUAAUAUAACUGUUUACCUCCAUAAAUACUUGUGUUGUUGUGAGCUGCUGAACACAACAGGAUUUGUGCACUACUAUGCUGAUUCCAGGCAUUCAUGAGAAAAAGGAUUUAGAAAUAAUUGUGCGGUUUGCAGCCUUUACGCGAGUAUUAUCACUUAUUUUACAGGCUGUACUGAAUGCUCUAAUCCCGGAUCAUGAAGCAGAUGCCUUCAGUCCUCCCCGGUCAGAGGAACCGCUCGUCUUGGACCACACAAUUGAGCUGCUCUUUAGUGGCUUAGGCCGCUGGGAUGCUGAACAUUUUCUCUUCAUAGCUGAACAUGGCUACUUGUAUGAACACAACUUUGCUUUCUUCCCACUCUUUCCACUGGUUCUGCGUUUGCUAGCAACCAUCCUGCUGUGGCCUCUGAGUCCCAUUUUGACAGUACAUGGACGUUUACUCGUGAUGGUGGCCAUAGCUAAUAGCACACUCUUUGUGAUGAGCGCAGUGGCACUUUAUGGAUUAAGCCGUAUGGUUUUACAGGACCGAAAACUUGCCGUGAUCUCAAGUCUUAUCUACUGUCUCACACCAGCCAAUGUUUUUAUGUUAGCAGGCUAUUCAGAAAGUGUUUUUGCUCUUCUCACUUUUGGCGGUUUGUGUUUAUUAGAGAAGGGGUUUACAAGUGGAGCAUGUUUCCUUCUAGGUCUUGCCACUGCUGCACGUGCUAAUGGACUUGUGAAUGCUGGGUUUUUGUUAUACUUGCCCCUGCAGCGGAGUCUCACUCAGGUGUUUAACAAAAGAUCCACAUGGCACUACAGCUGUGCAGCUCUGAGGUUUUUGCUUACAUCACCACUUUACAUUGCAGUCAUUGUGCUACCAUUUUGCCUCUUUCAGUUUUACGGCUACUACACAUUCUGUCUACCCUCUCUGACUGAAGAGUAUAUUUCUCCUGCUUUCCUCAACCUUGCUAGGGAGAAAGGGUACAGGGUUCCUGAUGCAGCAGCCACCAUUCCAAGCUGGUGCAUGAAACCGGUCCCGGUGCUCUACUCCUAUAUUCAGGAUGUGUACUGGGAUGUCGGUUUUCUCCGAUAUUUCCAGUUAAAGCAGAUACCCAACUUCCUCUUGGCACUUCCAGUCGCCACUCUGAGUGCACUGGCAUUGUACAUGUACAUAAUGGCUAAUCCACGUUUUUGUUUGCAUCUUGGCCUAAGGGAGAUUGGAAAGAAAAAGAAAGACGGAAAACCUCCAGCUGGCCUCUACUGCCCAAAGGUUUUUGUGUACAUUGUUCACUGCUCUGUGUUGCUAAUAUUUGGCGUAUUCUGCAUGCAUGUCCAGGUGCUUACCCGUUUUCUAGCCUCAUCUUCACCUGUCAUCUACUGGAUUAGUGGCCACCUUCUUCUUUCAUGUGAACCCUUGUUGAAAGAAGAUAAAAACUUGGCUUAUGGCCACAGACAGAACACCUUGGAACAAAAUUUUUGUCUUUUGUGCAUUAGCAACCCUAUCACUCAGCUCUUAAUGCGCUGGAGGACUUGCUCUUUUCCCACCCACUGCAUUUUGGGAUACUUCAUCUCAUACUGGCUGUUAGGUUUAGCUCUGCACUGCAACUUCCUACCUUGGACGUGAUGGAAAAGGUCUGUUUGUAGGACUGUUUGUUUUGUUGUGAGUCACAUUUGUGCAUCUGCAGUAUCUUACCUUCUUGUUGUGGAUUCUCUUGAAGGUCUGCGUAACAAAAUUAGUUUGUUCAUAUUGUUGUUUGU